AUGAGUUCCUCAUCGUCAAACGUCGUUGGUGUUCACUAUAGAGUCGGAAAGAAGAUUGGCGAGGGGUCCUUUGGAGUCAUCUUUGAAGGCUUGAACCUGCUAAACAAUAGCUCAGUGGCCAUCAAAUUCGAGCCUCGAAAGAGUGAUGCCCCACAAUUACGAGACGAGUACCGAACAUAUAAAAUUCUUGUUGGCUGCCCUGGUAUUCCUAAUGUCUAUUAUUUCGGUCAAGAAGGCCUCCACAACAUCUUGGUCAUCGACCUCCUGGGUCCUUCUCUUGAAGAUCUUUUCGAUCACUGCAACAGGAGGUUCUCCAUCAAGACUGUUGUUAUGGUAGCGAAGCAGAUGCUUUCUCGAGUCCAGACCAUCCACGAAAAGAACCUCAUCUACCGAGACAUCAAACCUGACAAUUUCAUCAUUGGCCGACCUGGGUCAAAGUCUGCUAAUGUAAUCCAUGUCAUAGAUUUUGGCAUGGCCAAGCAAUAUCGAGACCCUAAGACCAAGCAACAUAUUCCAUAUCGUGAGCGAAAGUCGUUGUCUGGCACUGCAAGAUAUAUGAGUAUCAACACACAUCUGGGCAGAGAACAAUCACGACGAGACGAUUUGGAGGCGUUGGGUCAUGUUUUCAUGUACUUCUUGAGAGGCGGCUUGCCCUGGCAAGGGCUUAAGGCUGCAACCAACAAGCAAAAAUAUGAGAAGAUCGGAGAGAAGAAGCAAACGACUGCCAUCAAGGAUCUUUGUGAUGGCUUUCCAGAGGAGUUCAAUAAAUACCUGAGCUACGUCCGAAAUCUUGGGUUUGAGGAUACCCCGGACUACGAUUAUCUUCGAGACCUUUUCACCCAGGCGUUGAAGAAUACCGGUGAAGUUGAGGAUGGAGAGUAUGACUGGAUGAAGCUCAACAAUGGCAAGGGAUGGGAGGCCAUGAAGCAACAUCCAUCACAGCAUAUGUUGCAUCAACCAAAUGCCGUCCCAGGCGCAUCGCAGAGAGAAUUACAUGGUACUACAAGAGCAGGAAAUAGCACACCAGGCCAUCUCACUGCCGCCCGUUUAAACGCCGCGCAGCCCCCGCCUCCAUCUCCAAUCAAACCGGGGAUGGGCAAGACGCGCGAUCGGCCAAACGCCCCAGGCGGAUUGGCUCCAAAACGCAGCAGCGGAGCGGCGGGGGGCCUCCAAGACGUCGCUACUCCAACAGGCUCAACCCAGGCACAGUUCCAGAACAGCUCGAACAACUUGCCCCAGAGGAUGACGCCCCAACCCAACAUGAAUGCUCAACCACAGAACGGGAGAACCUCAGAACCCCAGAUGUCGGGCUUCCAGAAGCUGAUGAAGACGCUCUGCUGCGGUUAG